AUGGCUACACAUCACGAUCCCACACUUGAUCUUCCUCGACUACUCUGUCUCCACGGCGGAGGAACAAACGCCGUGAUUUUUACCAUGCAAUGUCGAGUCCUCUCUUUACAUCUAAGACCCUAUUUCCGUCUCGUAUAUGUCGAAGCGCCGUUUGCAGCUGGCGCCGGACCUGAUGUCACAAAUGUCUAUGGAGAUUUCGGACCUUUUAAACGCUGGCUGGGUUGGUUACCCGAACAUGAAGUUUUAGAUCCACGUGAUGAAGUUAUUGCUAUUGAAGAGAGUAUUGAAAAAGCAAUGAGAGAGGAUGAUGCGAAAGGGGCUACAGGGGGAUGGGUAGGGUUGCUGGGGUUUAGUCAGGGGGCGAAGAUAGCGGGGAGUUUGUUGUUGAGGAGGCAGAUUCGAGAAGAAGGAGGGAGAGAUUUGGAGGGACAGGAUUGGAGGUUUGCGGUACUGAUGGCGGGAAGAGCGCCAUUGAUUAGUUUGGAGAGAGAUCAGGAUAGAUGGGGGCCAGUAGAUGAGAAUGAUGUUUUGACUUUGCCGACUAUUCAUGUUCAUGGGAUGAGAGAUCCGGGAUUAGAUUUACAUAGGGAAUUGCUCAAGAUUUGGUGUGAGAAAGGAAGUACGCAGCUGGUUGAAUGGAAUGGCAAUCAUAGGAUUCCGAUCAAAUCUGGGGAUGUCGAGGCCGUGGUGAAUCCUAUGCUCGCAUUGGCCAAAAAACUGGGAGUCUUGACAGUUGAUCUGCCUGCCUGA